AUGUUUACCGGCAACCGAUUAAAAGACCAUUUCGAGAAGCCUGCCUCCUCCGUGAGAACCCUGUUGCUAGGUCUUGGCGCGCAACCUCCGGUGUGUGACGCAUGCAACUCAUCCAAUAUCGGGACUACAUGUCCAAACAUUGGCAUGCAGUACAUGCAUGUGUGUCGACCAAUGCCCGCAAUUACAUUCAAAGAAGGCUACGAUAUAAUCUUUGCGUCCUCACUUCGCGGAAACUCGGCCGGCCCAUUAGGCGUCGUGACAUUUGGAGUAGGAUCGGAUUCAUCAGCAAUGCACCGCUGA